UAAACACCAGAAGUUGUUGUUUUUCUUUUGGUUUACUUACACUUUUACUUCCUGUGGUUUAACUUCUAAACAGUGGGUUCGCGGUCGGUGUCACAGCAGAAUGCCAAAGAAAAGGAAGAAUGAGAUUCCUCAACUGGAAUCUCAAAACCGUGACGAAAUCGUCCGGAGCAUGCAGGAGAUGUUCUCACAUCUGGACCCGGAUGUCAUUUACAUGCUGCUUUCAGAGGCUGAUUUUAAAGUGGACAAUGCAAUGGAUUCUCUUUUGGAGCUGUCAGACGCUGCUGAGGACCGAGCCGCAUCACAGAGCUUCGUCUUUUCAAACCAGCCUGCAUCACAUCCGGAGCUCAAUCCUACUGAAACCCUCCUGACAGAAGAGUUCGAUGCUCUCUUAGAUCAGGAACUUCAAACGUUGACGGCACAGCAGACUCAACCCAGCUCGCAUCCUCUGAUGUUCCCACUCUCCUCAUCCCAGCUUCCAGCUCCUCAGACUGCACCACAUCCCGGGCUCAGUGAGGCCUGCAGUGGUAGUUCACCAGUGAAUGAAUUAAGUUUUGGUGGGGAUCAUAUCCCAGAGACCAAAGCCAUAUCUCUUGACUUCAGUCACCUGACACUGGAAGCCAGCUCUACUGAACUGAGACCCUCAGCCUUUCAGGUGUACUGUAGACCAGAACAAGAAGAAGCUCUCAGCACACCUGCCAUGUUCUGGAACACUCAUGCUGCCGAGUUUCAUCCCCGUGCUGUGAGGCCGGCAUUCAUUACACCUGUUAUUCCUAACUCCACAGCAUGGGGCUCUAAUGCCCUCCCUGCUGCUCAAUGGUUGGCUCAUGCACCUAUCAGACAAGCUCCUCCAGCUGUACCGAAAUCAUGGACUCUGCCAUCCAGGAACAGGCUCAGAUUAGAAGGGCAGGUGUUGGUGUUACUCCGAGGGGCUCCUGGAUCUGGCAAAACCACCCUUGCCAAUGCUAUGUUGGCGCAGAACCCUGGAGGGGUUGUUUUAAGCACUGAUGCUUAUUUUACUCGAAAUGGAGAGUACCAUUAUGAGCCCCAUUUACUAGGAGAGGCCCAUGAGUGGAAUCACCAGAGAGCAAAAGAGGCUUUUGAAAAAGGCCAGUCACCCAUCAUAAUAGACAACACCAAUAUGCAAUGUUGGGAGAUGAAACCAUAUGUUUCUAUGGCACAUAAACACAGAUAUAGGGUGUUGUUUCGUGAGCCAGAUACCUGGUGGAAAACUAAACCCAGAGAGCUGGAGAAGCGCACAAGGCAUCAAGUAUCAAAAGAAAAGAUCCGACGCAUAUUAGAAAGGUACGACAGAUUUGUCUCUGUCCAGAGCAUCAUGAAUUCACAAAGACCGGAAAAGGUGCCAAGUGUUGUGGAUUUGACCCAAACAGAGACGGAGCAACCCCAGCGAUCUUUACCCCCUUGUCUCAGCCAUCCUGAUCUUGUUGGUGACUCUGGGUUGAGCAAACUAAACAUAAACCUUUCCUCAUCUUUCCCCGAUGUGUCCUCUGUUAGCCAGACUUACAGUACAAUAUCUGCAGGUGAGGACGAAAGUGAAAUAAGCUCCUACAGUUCCAAGGAAUCCAAGGAAACCCUUCUGGAAGGGUCUGGAAUACCUCUGUCGGAUCUGCUUGAUGCCGAAGCGUUAGACUUAGAGCUAGAUGCCUGCCUUGUGGACACGGAAAAAGAAUUGGGAAAUUUGAGUUGCGGGACAAUUGAAGAAUUUGUAGCGUCAGCACAUGAAACGUUUCGGGAGUUGCCCGUGGCAUUUUCAGAGUCCAUUGCUCAGCGUGUGAGAAGGGACAGAGGAAGAGACAGAAAUGCCCUCGCAGCUAGUGCCGUUGACCAACCUGUGAACUUUGACCUCAGGAUUGAUUCCUCAGGGCAAGAUAAGGAGGAGGGAUGUGAAGUUGAGUCUCUUUCUGAAGAGAAAGGAGUAAGACCAGAGCUGUUGGAUUUUGUAGGGGACUGGCCAAUGGAGUCUCAAGGACAACGUCAAGGAAGACAUAAAAAUUCAAGAAAUAACACUGUUCUGGAAUCCAGUGUUGUUGAACACAAAGAUAACGCUUCUGCUGAUGAAGACAAGCAGUCCGAUACCGAGAAGCUGAAGAUAGUUGAAUUUCAAAAACUUGUUGAUCUACUGCAAGGUGGAAUGAACUCUUCUCUCCAAGCGGCAGCUCCAAGUAAACAGGCUACUCUGCAUUCCCCUUCCUUUGGUGGAAAAGAGGGUACCUUGAACUUGGAGACUGUGGUUUGGCCUGAGCUCCCUGACUGUGUGCUGGAGAGAACGUUCUCAGAGUGCACUGACCCAAGCAAAGAUUCUUCAAGUCCUUCGAAAUCGAGAGCAGACCCAACUGAGCAGGCCACCCCAGUGUGUGUUGAGAAGGGCACACAGGAUGAGGUUCAGCAGGAGGACAGUGUGUUGUCAGAAGAGAAAUGCAGAUUGAGCCCAAAUGUCCCAGAAUCUCUGUGUUCAAAGGUUGUCGGAGAUUCAGAAAGCAGUCUGGAGAGACGGAGAGGGAUUAGUCGGAGAGUUGGGAAAUCUUGUAAACUGGCACUUACCUUUACAAAUCAAAGUCUUACAUCGCCUAGCUCAGAAUCUCCAGUUAUUUUGCAUGUUCCCACUGAUCUCGCACUUACAGGAGAACCUCCUUCUUUACCCGUGCUGUUAUGUUCCUGUGCCUCGACCCAAACACAACCUCAGGACUUUGCCUUGCUUUGGAGAAUUGACCAGCAGACGUGUUCAGAGUUAGACUCUGACUUCUCUAGUAGCGGUGUGUUUGUUUUGGAUGGAAACUCUUUGCGUUUUACCCCAAAAACAAAUGAAGAGCAGUCUGCCUUCCAACGGGGAGUGCCGUAUCGUGUGGUCCAUGAGAAGGGUUCUCAGGUGGAAGAGAACGACUUUAGAGAAACUCACUCUAAAAAGGAAAACCUGGAAAUUUUGAGUCGCCAUUUCAGAAGUGUCUCGAUGGAUAUUCUGCAGGACCUUUAUGAGAAGUGCCAUCGAGAUAUUGAGUUUACAACUAACUUGUUACUAGAUUCUGGAGAGCGACUGUAUAAAGUAGAUGAGGAAGAUGGCGAGGGCAAUGACAUGGGGUCUUUGGUUCCUGAGGAAGAGUCAUGUGAACCCUCUAUAAACCCAUUAGAAACCGUGAUGGGCUCAGAAAUUGACUCUAGCAACAUUUCAGCAAAUAGCAUCAGUCCCAAGUUUCAGGAAUCUAUCUUUAGUGAUGUUAGCCAAGCUGAUGAUGAUUGGAGUCCAGGUCUGAGUUCACAAAGCAAAGUUGAAGGAUCGGAUGAAGCGAGCAUGACCAUGAAAAAAUGUGAGCCCGAAACGUCCUUUGCGAUCGAAGGCACUAAAGUACAACUGGAGGUUACAGCAGCAAAUGAGGAACAGCCAGAUAAAACAGGUCCUGGGCUGGAAGAGGCAUUAGAGACAAAAUGUGAGAAUGUUGUCCAGUGCCCGGAGGGAGCAUUGAAGGAAGGGAGCGAAGAGGAGGAAGAAGAAGAACAUGAGGAGACAAGAGCAGAGGUGAAUGCCAUAACUCAUUUACUGCUGUGUCAGGUUGAUGAAAUGGAGCGCAAAGAGGAGGAGGAGAGGAAGGAACGAGAAAGAGAGAGAAAGGGGAGAGAGCCAAAUUCAAUGGAUAUCCAAACCUUGGAGCUGAAACUUCCGACUGAACUUGCAUUGCAGCUUUCUGAGCUUUUUGGACCCGUUGGGGUCAGUCCAGGUGCGUUUUCUUCAGAUGACUGUGCCGUGCAGAUAGACCUGAACUUGGCCAAACUGCUGCACCAGAAAUGGAAGGAAACUAUCCAAGAGAAGCAAAGACAAGCAGCUCUGUCCUAUCAACUAAUGCAAGAGAGUCCUGUCCACUGGGGUGAAUCACAGAGCAGGCUGAGGGACCAAUUAGGUUUGCAUGAAGAAAUCCCUUUUAUGGAUCACUGGAGUGCAUCCCGUGCUCCUGUCUCACUGAGGGACAUCAUGAUUGAAGAGCAGGUGAAGCAAGACAGCACGGAGAAGUUCAGGUCAAGUCGGAGGGAACUGGAUAAGAAAGAUGGUGCAGACACGCUGAAGGAGAACCAGCUGUUUUCAACGUUCCCCACCAUAGACCGACAUUUCCUCAGGGAUAUCUUCAGAGAUCACAACUACUCUCUGGAGCACACCGAACAGUUUUUGCAUGCUCUGUUGGAUGAAGGGCCGGUCAGAAACGCAGUGGCUCCUGAACCUGUCCCUCAGCGUAACGCCACGCACAGAACUCAGAGCAAAGAGCGGAGAUGGAAGACAAAAGAUGGAGAGGAGGAAACUGCUCACUUCCAGGAUUCGGAGGAUCCAGAAUAUGAGGACUUCCGCACAGAGGCAACACUGCAGAGACAACAGCAGAUCGAGUGUUUUAACAAGGCGGCUGAAGCCCUUCAUCAGGGACGCAAGGAUGUGGCUAGUUUCUACACACAACAGGGUCGCAUGCACGGGGAGAAAAUGCGUGAAGCGAACCACCGAGCAGCCAUGCAGAUAUUCCAGCGAGUGAAUGCUUCACUCCUGCCUCAGAAUAUUCUAGAUCUCCACGGACUGCAUGUGGAUGAGGCCCUCCAUCAUCUUAGUCAGGUUCUCGCCGACAAAAAUUUAGAGUUCAGUCAGGGUUUGUGUCCGCCUCAGCUGUCAGUCAUCACUGGAAGAGGCAAUCACAGCCAAGGAGGAGUGGCACGCAUCCGGCCUGCUGUACUGGACUACCUCCAAAAGCACCACUACAGUUACACCGAGCCUAAGACCGGAUUGGUGCUGGUCACGUUUCACAGAGAGCUGCUUUAAUGAAGCUUUUAGCCUUCAGUUUCUCUCUUUCCACUGCCUCAAUGUUUUCUCUGAGGACUAAAAGUGCCAGUAUUUACACUUCUUUUGUCUUUUUACUACAUGCAUAUUUUCACGUCUUUCUGAAAGAGUGCAUCAAAGUCACAAAAAUCAAGGUAUUUCAUAUUUACAGUGUUUCUUUUUAAUGCAUUGAGCUGUAUAUACAGAUUAUACUUUCUUGAAUGCUGUAUGUUGAUGCUCCCUUCCAAGGUCACUAGACACAAUAGAUAGUGGCCCCACAAAAGUGGAUUGUUAUUCAGGUACUUGUUUGAUUUUGUACAUUGUUUCAAUCCAUGCUUUCGGCUUGUACAUGCAAUGCAAUGUCCGUUUUACAAGAUCUAGGAUGUGGUUUUCAGAGAUUUAACCACAUUGGUUGGUAUAUUAUAUAAAAUGUAAAUUAAAAUGUAUUUAAUAGUGUUUCUGGAAAUAUAAAUGCUGAUCCUCAGUCAGCUUUGCAUUUUAGUUUGUUUGUGAGCAGCUCGGACUGAUCCUAGAUCAGAAUGAUAGAUUUUAUAUAGUUUUAGCUCCGCUUUGUUUUUUAUAUUUCCAGUUUAAAAUGUUGAUGCCACAGUAUUUUUAAAGACAUCUUAAUGCUGCUAUGCAAAUCACAAUCCUUAUGUGUCAGAAUUUAUUCUUGAAAAAUGUUUUUUUGUAUAUUUGGAACCUUGAAAGAUUUUAUAUGUAUAAUUUUGUUAUUGGGGGAAAAAAAUGAAGGGGAAGAAUAAAGUCUUAAAAUGUG